AAAGAAAAAAAAUAAAAAAUGAAAAAAAAUGAAAAAAUGAAAAAAAUAAAAAAACGAAAAAAAAAAAAUAACCUUACAUAUAAAAGUGAAAAUGUCAUGUAUUUAUUUAUUUUAUUUUUAUGUGUCUUUAGUAAGAGGCUUCAAUUGUAUCAAACAAGUGCUAAAGCUCGUUUUAAAUUCACUCUUCUUUUGUCUUUGAUAUUCCUUUUUAUUACCUAUUUAUACAACACAUACCUUCAAACAUACGUUUAUAACAAUUAGAACAACAUUUUCAUCGUGUACCUUAAAAAAAAGCCAGUCCAUAUAGAAUAGAUAAAUGUUGUUUGGAAUAUUAAAAAAAAAAAAAAGCUUAUAUAAAUCAUGAAUACUUGCCAUUACUUUCUUCUUCUUGUUCUUUUAUUUUCAUCAACAUAAAAUGCCUCCAAAAGUAGUACAUGAAAAGAAAAGAAAGUAUAACUGUGUUCAACAUUCUUUAAUAAAUAAUGGUAAUAUUGACAGUAAAAGAUCAAGAAUGACAAAAUCAAAUGACUCUAUCAUAAGUGAUCCUACUCCCUAUUCCUCUUUAUGGCUUCCUCCUAUUUCCAGUCUAUUAGAGACUCCCUCUAACAGUAGCUGUUCUUCGUUAGCUUCCACUGUCUUGAUGCCUUCUACUAACAGUGAUGUAAUCUCGACAAAUAUAAGCAAUUCUUCUUUUGUUGAUUAUUUAUACUAUCCUUAUUACCAAACGAGUUUUAACUGUUAUGUACCUCAACCAAAAGCAACUAUAAUGCCUAUGAUUCCUUAUUUCUUUCAUCACCAGCAAUUUGGUAUUGAAGCCUGUAUGCUUCAAUUAGAAGCACAGAAGCAACAGCAGCAGCAACAACAACAACAACAAAAGAAAUAUUUUUAUUCUCAAAUGAAUGGCUAUUACAAUAAUUAUUAUAAUGCUUUUAUUUAAAU